AUGAAAAAGAAAUCCAAUGAGAACUUCAGACAGUAUGCCCAGAGAUGGAGGGACAUAGUUGUACAAGUACAUCCACCCAUUGAAGAAGAUGAGACGAUUGUGCUCUUUGUGAAUACUUUAAGAGCUCCUUUCUUUACUCACCUCAUAGGGAAUUCCUUCAAGAUCUUUAUUGACAUUGUCACAGUUGGUGAGAUGAUUGAAAUGGCAGUUAAGAGUGUGAAACUUGAUAGUGGUGAAUCUAGCAAGAAACCACUAAUAAAAAAGAAAGAGAGUGAGGUAAAUAACGUGAGGAAAUACGAAUCCAAUAACAUCAUGGUGUCUCGACCUCAGGAUACAAGUUCAUCUAUACAAAACCAUGCCAGGCAAAGGAUAAGAGAGAGGCAAGAAAGAGAGAAGCCCCAGUUUGAUCCAAUUCCUAUGACCUACAAGGAAUUGUUUCAUAUCUUGUAUGAUAAACAUGUGGUGUCACCUUAUCAUAUAUCACCAGUGCAACCUCCAUACCCUAAAUGUCUUAGAAGCAAGAAUGUCAUCAAUUAUGGUGAUAAUGAGCAGCCUAAUAUGACCCAAAAUCCAUUGCCAAACCACGCAGAUUUUCGAUAUUUGGUACAAAAGUUGAUGGAUGAAAAAGAAAUGGAGUUCUUCAAUGAAGUACCAGAAGAAGAGGAAAUGAAUAUUUGCACCUCUGAGGGAUCGCCUAGAGGGAUCUACAAUUAUGAUUGUCCUCUAAUUAUUACACUAAGAAUUUGCGUAUCAGAGAAAAUAACUCCAAUAGUGGUUAUAAUACCUCCAUCUCCGUUCCUGUAUAAAGAUGACAAACAAGUGCCAUGGAAAUAUGGUUGUAAGAUGGAUGAUAUAGUAAAAGAAAAGGAUGAAGUAAAUGAGGUUGGACAUUUUACUCGAAGCGGAAGAUGUUAUUCCAAAGAACCUGAGAAGCAAACUAACGUUGACAAAGGGAAAAAGGUUGACCUGCAGUUGAGAGAAUAUGAACAUGUUAUCAACGAGCCUGUAACUGAGAAUGAAGCUGUGGAAUUUUUGAAAUUUCUCAAACACAGUGAAUACAAUAUUGUUGAACAGUUGCAUAAGUUGUAUGCUCGUAUAUCAGUCUUGGCACUUUUAUUAAGCUCUGAGGCACAUCGGAAUGCCUUAUUGAAAGUGUUAAAUCAAACUUUUGUACCAAAAGAAUUAUCGGUAAAUAAGCUGGAUAGGUUGGUCGCAAACAUACAGGGUGACAAUUUCAUUUCUUUUUCUGAAGAUGAAAUCCCCUCUGGGAUGAAUGGUAUUCCUAAAGCUAUGCAUAUCACGAUUAAGUGCAAAGGACAUAUUCUAUCUCGAGUGUUAGUUGAUAAUGGAUCAACUUUAAAUGUAAUGCCAUUAGUGACUUUGAAGAAACUACCAGUUGAUAGCAAACUCAUGAGAAAUAGUCAAGGCAUUGUUUGA